AUGGUGCCAAACGCUUGCAAAUCCUCCCGUGAAAGGUUUGGCAGUCGAAACAGAAGGCCUUUCAUCAAAGGAAAAGAAAUCAGCCCUCGAUCACUUAACCGGCGGAAAAGAUUUUUUGAAAAAAUUACUAAGCCCCGGAGUCACAAUUUCAGCAAAAAUCUGACUUCUGGCAAUUCAUUCAAAAAUGGUGCCAAACGGUUGCAAAUGCUCCCUGAAAGGUUUGGCAGUCGAAACAAAAGGCUUUUCAGCAAAGGACAAGAAAUCAGCCCUCAGCAACAUAACCGGCAGAAAAUAUUUUUUGAAAAAAUCCCUAAGCCCCGGGGUCACAAUUUCAGCAAAAAUCUGACUUUUGGAAAUUCACUCAAAAAUGGUGCCAAACGCUUGCAAAUGCUCCCCUGUAAGGUUUGGCAGUCGAAACAGAAGGCUUUUCAUAAAAGGACAAGAAAUCAGCCCUCGAUCACUUAA